AUUGUAAAACAUGGAACGGCGUGUGGUGGAGCGAGGGGGAGAGGGGGCAGAGAGAGAGGGGGCAGAGAGAGAGGGGGCAGAGAGAGAGGAGGCAGAGGGAGAGGAGGCAGAGAGAGAGGAGGCAGAGAGAGAGGAGGCAGAGAGAGUGGAGGCAGAGAGAGAGGAGGCAGAGAGAGAGGAGGCAGAGAGAGAGGAGGCAGAGAGAGAGGAGGCAGGGAGAGAGGAGGCACAGAGAGAGGAGGCAGAGAGAGAGGAGGCAGAGAGAGAGGAGGCAGAGAGAGAGGAGGCAGAGAGAGAGGAGGCAGAGAGAGAGGAGGAAGAGAGUGAGGGGGCAGAGAGAGAGGAGGCAGAGAGAGAGGGGUCACAGAGAGAGGAGGCAGAGAGAGAGGAGGCAGAGAGAGAGGAGGCAGAGAGAGAGGAGGCAGAGAGAGAGGGGGCAGAGAGAGAGGAGGCAGAGAGAGAGGGGGCAGAGAGAGAGGGGGCACCUGGUGCGGUGCGGCGAGGGCGAUGGUGAGCAGCACGACGAGGUCCAGCAUGUGCCUGCGGGUGGCCGGGCUGACCA